AAGUGUUUCUUUUUAGUGAGAAGAUCAAUUCAGGAAGAAUAAACAAAAGGCUAUAAAUAGUGACAUAGAUGAUAUCUUAAGGCUAUAGGAAAGAAUACAAGAGAAUAAGAUCAAGUAAUUCUCUGCAUGGUAGUUCUUGAAAAACAGCAAAAAUGGGAACCAAGAAAAUGAUAGUAAUGCUCCUUUUGGCCUUCUACUUUUCAUGUGGUUUAUAUCUGGCCAAGAUUUUGCCUUCUGAUAGCAAAGAAGUAGUAGCAGAACAACUUAAUAAUCAUAAUGUGGAUGAAAAUACAGAAAUAGAUGUUAACAGCAAAUAUGGCCAUGCUGAAGCUCAUUUAGGUGGUAAAGGAGGAAAUGGAGGGGAAGAAUCUCGAUCUCCUUCGAAUCAGGGAUCGUCGAAUGUCAUACCAAUUUACGCUGCAAACGCGCACCAUAAUCACCAUCGUGGUGCUGCAAGCUGCCACAGAAACCACAAUGAAUAUCUAGCCUUCGUCGCUGCAAUGUUAUUCGCUUGCCUUGUACUUAAGGACCCUGUGUUUAUCGCGUAAAAAGCUAGUACAACGAUGUCAUUCUGAAUCCCUGACUCGUCUCGUUCUGAGCCUUUGGCCUAUCUGACAUUGGGUCAAAUCUGUCUAGUGAUUGUUGUGUACUAUGUUUGUUUAGACUUUGAUUAGUUGUGGAUGUAUUAGGAUGUUUAUGUCUUUUUGUUUCCUCUUUUUCUACAAAAUUUCCCUUGUAUAACAUGUUGAUUGGAUAAGCUUUAUAGUUCUGUAUUCAGGAUUUUAUCAGCUUAUUUUUCUUCUUUUU